UCAUAUAAAUGCAUUUCAACAUAGGACCCUCUCGUAAGACGACACAACUCAUAACAAAUGGUAUCUAAUUAUAGAGAACUAAAUAUAAGCAAAUAUUCUUAAUUUAUAGAAUAUAUUUGGUGCAUAUCGUAAUCCAGCUGCUUUAAAAUUUUCUUACACUAUAAAAAAUAUAUAAUGUGAAAAUGGAGAGUUCCUUAAUUGCAAUAUUCAUCUUUAUUAUUGCAAUUUCACAAGUAACUAGAUGCAAAAACUCAAAUCAUUAUACAUUGCAAGAAGGCGAAUAUUUAUCAGGAAAUAAUAAUAAAAUCUUUGAUGCAAAGAUCUCGAAUAUAUAUUACAAAUCUGGACAAGAUGCCGAAAUUGUCAAAAUUAAGUUGCAGAAUACGUUGCGCAACUUCUUAGAAAAUUUACAAAAAAAUUUAACAACUUCAAUAAUAUUAAAAACGCUCGAUAAUAAGUUAAGCUUGGAGCGAUCGCAGCAGAAAUGGCAGAAAUUAAAUGAUCACAUGGAGUUCUACAGAACAGCAUCCCAUCACUUAAAACAAUUCGCGUUUAAAUCGGAAAUAUUUUUGCAAAUCAGUAAAAAUGAAAGUGUUACUUUUUUAAUGAAACUCCGCCGUGUACCUACCGGUCAGCAAAUGUUGCUACCGCACGUUAAGUUGCAGUUAACGAAUUAUUUUGCUGAAAUGGAAUUUUUUAAUGUUGUAUUUUUCGAAAUAAUUGACGAGGGAAUGGAAUAUAUUAACAAUGCUCUAUACAUCAUUCGAACAACAUUUGAAAACUAUGCUGAUAUACAGCAAAAUAUUUUACAUGAUCAGAAUUUUUUAUUUGAUAAUUGGUGUUUCAAUAAAUAUUUUGAAUUUUUACAAAAAUGGUCAACACAGAUAUAUAAAUGUGCCACCGAAACAAGAUUACAAACGGUAUACAAUGUGUUUUCAAUGACAAAAGUUGGGGUUAAAUAUCUCAUGCAACAGCUGGAAUUUAAAAUGCAACGUUUGUUUAACUGUUUCAUUUUUAAAGAAUACAGUAUAAAGUGCAAUUUCUUACGUUCCCCGGAAAGUGACUUUGAGAAAUUAUUUACUAUUUUAAAAGAAUUACAAAUAUAUUACGACAGAGAAAUAAAUAGCGGGAGGGUGGAAUCGAGAAGAAUACAACGCAGUGAAAAGAAAUAUAUAGAUUCAUCUAAAAAUAAUUGCAUACCAUUUGGUUAUCCAAUAAACCAGAUGCCAAAUAGCCUUAAGAUAUGCUUUAAUAUUCACUAAGUACUUGAAUUAAAUCAUUAACAAAAACACGUUAAAUACUACAUAAUUUUAUUUAUCUUUAAUUGUAGUUAAAUCACCUCACCACGGCUGUAAAAAUGUUCUACAAACAAUAAAUAAUCUAAUCAAUGAGUAUUGAUAUAAAUUUGUAUUGUUUUUAAUUUGGUGUAAAGAUAUUAAUUUUACAUUUAGUUCUUAUUGGUUUUGCAAAUGUGAUACAACUUAUAUACUGUGACAGGGCAAUUUGAAAUGCUGCAUAACGUUGUAUAAAAACCAAAAUAAAAACAAGCUUUAUAUAUUAGCUUAUUUUAUGAAA